AUGAAGCAUCAGACCUGGUGCGGACUGACGGCCAAGAUAGGCACUGUGCUGUCAGGGGUGUUUUCUAUCAUGGCCGCCCACAUGCACAUCAUCUUCGAAAAGAAGCACCUUGGCGACGGCAACUGCAUGGAAAAGGUCCAGAUGCAGGACAUCAACGUGCUGAGCCGCUUCUUCAUCUGCUGGAGCUUCAGAAUCGUCACCUUCACGUCGUUCGUCACCAUGGUGGCCAGCUGCUUCCUCCUGUACUCGGUGUACGCCAAGAUCUACGAGGGCCUCAUGAGCUACACGGGCUGGAUAAUCACCUACGAGCUCACCAACCUGGCGGUCCAGAUCUUCACGGAUGAGUUCAGCAUAGCCCUCAUCAGAGCCAUGCGCUGGUUCGGCUUGGUGGCUCGGGCCUCCCUGCACUGCUUCUGGCUGUUCUUUGUCAUCACCUACGCACAAUUCAUUUACCAGAGCAAAAAGCAGGGCAACAUAAUCUCCUACCACAGACGCAUCUCCCUGGGAGGCGGAGACGCUCCACGGAGGAAAUCCAAGAUUGUAAACUUCAUCCACCACUACAAUGAUUGA